AUUCACAAUGAAUCAAUUGGCGGUACUAAAGUACGAGUUUACACUCCUAAGGAGAAAAAAACUAACGCAGCACUAAUUUUUAUCCACGGCGGAGGAUGGUGCACCAUGAGGGCAGGCUGUUACGAUGACUUGAUGUGCGGUUUUGUGCGUCGAUUAGGCAUAACUAUCUUUUCAAUUGACUAUCGACUAGCACCUGAAUAUCCGUACCCAUAUCCGGUUGACGACUGCGAAGCGGUUGUCAAUGAAUUGUAUCAUAACAGCUACACUCGAUUUGAUAUCGAUCGCGAUAAGAUCUGUAUCGCUGGAGACAGUGCAGGUGGAAAUAUCGCAGCGGUAAUCACACAACGAUUGGCUAAAAGAAAUGAAAAUUUCCUGAAGUGCCAAGUUCUCAUCUACCCUGUCAUCCACGUAUUUUCAUUCCAGUCCUCAUCUUAUUUAGACUACUACCAGAAGUACAACGGCACUUCAUUGCUAAACCCUCGUGCUAUGGCACGAUGGAUUUUGCUCUAUCUCGGACUUCCUGCUAACAGGAAGAACGUCGAAAAACUCACAACUAAUCAACAUAUCUCUAGGUAG